UCGGCGCCUGAGAAGGGAGGAGGUACGGCCGGAGCCGAGUGCGGCCGAGCCGGAGCUGACCAGACCUGACGGACUCGGAACGAGGCCCCAGCCGGGCGCGGACCGUAGGGCCCCAGCGUGGAUGGAGCAGGCUGAGCCCUGAAGUCCUUGACCGGGCCGGCCGCCCUGGUGUGGGACCCACAGGGCGGGCAGGCAGGCAGGUCUCCGGUCCCGCGACCAGGCCCGGUUUGGCCCUUUGGGACCGGAGACGACCCAGCCGGAAGUGGAUCCUUCACCGGGGCCAUAGGCCAGUGACUAGGCUGGGCCCGGGCCUCCCGUCGGGGCCGAACUGGGACGAGGCCCCGGGGAGGCCCCGAGCCCUCUAGAGCCUUCUCUCAGGCCGACUCCCUCCGGGAAGAUGCAGCGUGCCUUACCGGGCGCCCGCCAGCACUUGGGGGCCAUCCUGGCCAGCGCCAGCGUGGUGGUGAAGGCCCUGUGCGCGGCGGUACUGUUCCUCUACCUGCUCUCCUUCGUCGUGGACACGGGCUGCCUGGCUGUAACCCCAGGCUACCUUUUUCCGCCCAACUUCUGGAUCUGGACCCUGGCCACCCAUGGGCUGAUGGAGCAGCACGUGUGGGACGUGGCCAUCAGCCUGGCUACCGUGGUGGUGGCUGGGCGUUUGCUGGAGCCCCUCUGGGGCGCCUUGGAACUACUCAUCUUUUUCUCAGUGGUGAACGUGGCUGUGGGGCUGCUGGGGGCCUUCGCCUACCUCCUCACCUACAUGGCUUCCUUCAACUUGGUCUACCUUUUCACUAUCCGCAUACACGGCGCCCUGGGCUUCCUCGGAGGUGUCCUUGUGGCACUCAAGCAAACCAUGGGGGACUGUGUAGUGCUGCGAGUGCCCCAGGUGAGGGUCAGUGUGGUGCCCAUGCUGCUCUUGGGGCUGCUGCUGGGGCUGCGGCUGGCCAUGCUCCUCCAGAGCCCAGCACUGGCCUCCUACGGCUUUGGGGUGUUGUCCAGCUGGGUGUACCUUCGCUUCUACCAGCGCCAUAGCCGAGGCCGAGGGGACAUGGCUGACCAUUUUGCUUUCGCCACCUUCUUUCCUGAGAUCCUGCAGCCUGUGGUGGGGCUGUUGGCGAACUUGGUGCAUGGCCUCCUCGUGAAGGUCAAGGUAUGCCAGAAGACAGUGAAGCGCUAUGAUGUAGGUGCCCCGUCCUCCAUCACCAUCAGCCUCCCAGGCACAGAUCCUCAAGACGCGGAGCGGAGAAGGCCCAGGGGACAGGCCAUAAGACCCACCACGGAGCCUGCUGACCACACCAAGGAGAGAAGACGACCUUUCAUGGUCCAUAAACCGAGCCGCCUGCACCAUCAGAGUCUAGCUGCAUAUUCACUGAGUGUACCUUGGCCAAGGCAGCACAGAUCUUUUUUCCAUGGCUGAUGGAUCCUAAGACCCUGAUCUGUCUACUUAACCUUAUCUGGUGGAGGAGGUAGGGCCAAGAGGGCUGGGUCUGAUAAAAACAGCCUCAGAGCUGUUCAGGUGGGGCCGGACCACAGUGGUGACCCCUUCUCCAGCAAGAGGUCUUGUGUUGCUAGGGUUGGCUGAACACUGAAAAAUCUCUGCUCAGGCCCAAGAAAAUAAGAGGUUGGGAGGGGCAAGUGCCAGGUGGAUUUUUGCCAUAGUCUUGUGGUUGUUAGCUUACUUCGGGAAGGGGAUUACUGCUCCAACCAGGUUGACAUCUGGCUGUGUGCCACUCCCAAACCCAAAGGGCUACUAGCAGUGGGAGGCAGGGCUUCCUGUCUUCGAGCCUCCUGAGGAUGUGAUUAGCGUUCCACUGCCUCUGUACUUUGGCAGGCUGUCGACAGAUUGAUCAGGAGACUGGCUCCAGGGUGGGAGCCCGGGUAGCAGCUGGGAAGAGCUGUCCUGUCUGUGCCAGCUUGCCACGUGCCGGCUGGAGACAAGGUGGACUGUGCUGGGCCUUUGCAUGCCAUGUCCUUGUGGCCUCUCCUGACAUGUUGACUGUCAUGGAGAUUUUGGUUCUCCUGCAGCUUGGAAGGCUAUGUAGGCUGGCCCCCGUGCUGGUGCCACAGAGACGUUGAGUCAUCAGGGGUCCACAGGGACCAUUAUUGAAGUGUUACCCAGUGGCACGAGCAUGCCACCUCCUGGUGGGCCAGGGUCCCAAGAGCACAUGUGUACACCUCCCCCAAGAGCAGGGUCUGAAGGCUCUGCCCAGUGGAACCAGUAACCUUGCCUGUGAUCUCCCCAUGUGGGCUGUUUCUCCUUCCUCUCUCCCUGCAAGUACAGCGUUCCCUGCUCUAACUCAGGACCUAGUGGCUUUAGGGAUUCUUCUGGAAAGACGGUCAUCGAGGAGGGGUGGGCUGACCCAAGGUGACCAUACUUCCCAGACGGGAAGCCAAGGCAGGUGCUUGAGUUCCAGCUUUCCCCCCAGAUCCUUGCCUGGAGGCUCAAAACACCCCUACCAAGGAGGUGGGGAGAGGGAACAAUCCUCUCCUUGGGUGUGAGGUCAGAGGCUAGGCAGAAACCCACAUGUCCAGGGACACCCUACUGGCCUCCUCAGCCUAGAAGUGCCCUGGGUAUAGAGCUAAGGCUCUACAGCCUGUGGGUCCUCAUUCUGAAGGCAGAGUGGGCCCUACUCCAGGCUCUGGGGAGUCGUGGGCCCUUGUAGGGAAGAAUAACACAUGGGGUUCUGAGAGAGGAGUCAAGAGUCAGCGUCACGGGGGAGGAGAGCAGGGUGUGAGCCAGUCCAAACCCAGUGUGACCUGUCCUCUUUC